AUGGCUAACAAACGAUUACAAUCUUCCUCGCCUGUUUUGUUCAAUGCACAACUAUGGUCUGGAACUGAUGUGCAAACCGACAAUCCUCGUGCGAUCCCACCCGACUCUACCGACUCUGCCCAUUCCACUGUCGCUGCUCCAUUGCCCCAACCAAAUACACCUCCACCGCCCACAGAUAUUCCGUCGAGUCGGAAGAGCGUGUCGUUUCAGUAUACGAUCCGUUCUCUGCCAUUUCCCCCGCGUCAACAGCCUCUCCUCUGCCUCUAUCGCCCUCUCGCUCGCCUGUAUCUGUGCCUCUGCACACUCUGGGAGAGACCGAGCCCACGGGGACCUCGAGCACACCAGCUCAGGUUCGAUGCUUACUCCUGGUCCACGGCCAUCACGCCCCACGACUAUGCGAGCGCACCCCAACCCUAUACCCCAGGACAUCCUGCCAAUGUGGCGCAUCGAGAAGCAAUGGAGCGGGAGGCCUAUGAAGGUGCCGAUCCAGAGGACAUUGACGGAGGGGCUGGUCCCAGCCGCAAGAGCAGCACCAGCAGUCGCCGCCGUGCAUCCGAUCCCGACGCAUCCGAUGACUUUGGCAUUGGCUCUGCAGGCACCAGCGUGGCCCAUGCCAGGGCCGUUACUCAGGCCGUCAAGCCCAAGAGCCAUGCUCGCAAGAUGAGCGCCGGUCACAUCCUCCGUCCUCGCAAUGCCUUUAUCAUUUUCCGGAGCACAAUGAUCAAGGAGGGCCAGAUCACUGAAAACAUGGAGGCAAAAAGACCAUGGCAAUAUUCAACAAUCUGUGGUAUUCUAUGGAGAAAGCUCCCGCCUGCCGAGAAGCUCAAAUACCAGAGGAUGGCCGACUUGGAAAAAGAACAACACCGGCUGGCCAAUCCUGGUUAUAAAUAUGCCCCCAAAACUCGGAAGGAGCCCCCCGCUCGACGCCGCCAAAAGAAGGACCAGGACAUCGUCGCUCGCCGCUGUGCCCUGGCCGCCGCCUUGCUCGCCGAGGGCCGUCGAGGUUCUGAGAUGUCCCGGCAAUUGGAACAUUUCGACAAGGAAAUUGCCACCCAGAUCAAGAAGGAAAAAGAAGAGGCCGCCCGACUUGGUAUUCGCCCCGACCCAUACGCUCAUGCCCACUCGGCUAAGAAAUUGAAGAGGCUCGAGCGCGAACGGAAAGAGCGCGAGCGUGCGUUGGCAGCUCAGGCCAGCGCUGCCAACCUCAGGGAAGGUGUUCUUGCUAUGCAUGCUCAGGCCGAUGCCCAAGCUGCCGAGAAGAGGCGUAACGCGCCCGGACCCUCGAACCCAAGCGGCCCAUUCUCUCGUGUCCCCCGCAAUGCAUACACUCCUCCUGGCGGGGCGAGCAUGCCGCCCCCUCCUGCUCCCGAGGCUGCUCCCACAUGGACCAAUCCUUGGGCCUCGGCUCCAGCUCCGGAUGCGGUCAACAUGGGCCGUCGUCCGUCCUCGUGUCCUCCUCCUGCAGCCGGGAACAUGUCGAUCCCGUCCCUCCCGACUGUUCCAGCUGUGCCGGUGUACAACGACUAUGUCUCGCCUACCCAGCCUCACGCGCCGCAUCUCAUCAUCGACGACAUGGCCCAAUCUUCUCACCUGAUGAAUGCGCCUGGUCCCGCGACAGCGCCCCUGUCGUUACAUCAUCCUCAGCCUCAGCACAAUCAAGGGUUUGCCGUUCCGCGCCGUCGAUCUUCAAGCGUUCCUCCCCCAAGCUUGUAUGCAGCGCCCGCUCAGCAAUUUACAUCUCGUAAUGGUAAUGGCUGGGAACCAGGCACGCGUCGUCCCUCGGUCGUAUUCUCGAUGGAACUGGAGCGCAGGCCGUCGCAGGUGCAAUGGAAUGACGAUAUGGGCAUGGGCGACGUCCGCCGUCCAUCAGUUGCCGGCCAAUCCCUCGGCCUUGGUCUUAACGGGUGGAGCCGCCGACCAAGUGCGAUGCUGUGGGCACCCCAGGAGCGUCGAAUGAGCGCGCAGGCACCCCACGCUGGUCCGAACACCACAUGGUACUCGAAUGGAAUGAAUUCGACCUCGCAUCUUGAUGAUGCAGGCGAGCCCAGGAUCGACUUUGGAAACUUUAGCUUCCAGACGACCAAUAAUAACCCCAACUCGGCGUACGGGCCUUCGAGCGACGGUCUCACGGGCCAGCAUCUUCCUCCGACGGCCGGCCCCGAUCAGUCGUACCAGUUCCCUCCUGCAUCUGGUCCCAGUGAUGUUGAUAUGUUCCCGAACAUGGACCCGUCGCCGUUUGGUGCUAUCCUUGCGCAGAACCAGAGGAUGCCGAUGGCCCACGGCAACUGGCAACCUCCCACCGCGGCAGUGUCUCCGGCCGCAAAUGGAUACUCGCAUGCCCCGCAUACACCCGAGGCGGAUUAUUCGCAUCCCCAUUAUUCUCAACAGCCCAACAACCACUAUGGCGUUCCUGAUGUCCGGGUGCACGAGUCGACUUGGUCUGGCCCGAUCAACAACGACCGGAGCGUUCCGCACACCCCGAUCGAGUCGUCUCCCAACACCGGGAUCGACGAAGAGAGCGACAUGUUCGAGCCGUUUGGGGACGAUGUUGGGUUCCCCCAGUUGAAUAACGCAUCGUGUGCGGGAAGCGAGGGUCGUAAUGUCUCCGCCGUCUACCAGGCCCAGCAGACCAAGUCGUUGCCCCCUUACUCGAGUUCGUUGCCACUCGGAGACAUCAUCCAUGAGAACGCCAUGGGAGGCGAAGACGAUCUUGCCGCGUACUCUCAGGGCGCCGAUAACAUCACGCUCGGCGGGUACGACAGCAACUGGAAAAUCCUCGGCCAAGUUAACGAGUGA